GUAGUUUCCUAUUAUUUUCGACCUUUUUCGUCAUUGUUAUUAAAAAAUGAGCUCAAGAGAGCUUUACUUCCUCAUUCUUAUCACAUUUAUCGCUCAACCUUUCAUGACAGACGUCUCGUGGAUUAGUCCUCUUGUCAGCUAUAAUGAAUUCUCAGCCUCAGGGUCAGCCAAUUCGUCCUGGUCACACCAUCUGGAUUUCUCGGUCUACUCCCUAUAGGAGGCCUGUUCCUGCUGAGGUCAUGACCAGCUUUCGCCGCUAUCAGCUGCGUCAUCUUACUCAGGAGUUCUGCUCCUUCCUGGAACAUCUAUAUUCCUCCCCACUUCCUGAGCAGCCUCUCUUGCUGUCUCACAUUGUACAGACACCUCUGACACAUACUUCUUCCACUCAAACCUCUCUGCCUCCCAUCCUGGUGGACCAAAGGACACAAACUGAUGGUUGUCCUCAUGCUGAACCCUGUUGCCCUAGGCUGACAACUCCUGCCUCUCCUCCUCGUACAUCCUCUCUCCCUGUUGCCUAUAUUCGCCCUUUGGCGGUUCUUACCUCUCCUUCUCGUCUCACAUCUCCUCCUUUUGGCUACAUUCACUCCCUUUCGUCCAGUGCAGCCUCCUCUCCCUCUUACUCUGAGCCUGGUUCCCCAGGCUUUGUUCCUUUCUCCCCUUCUCCUAGGCCUGGGUCCCCAGACUACACUCCUACCUCUCCCAGGCCUGAUAGCUCUGGAUCUCAUUACUUUUACUAA